GAAUCUUAAUUCCUAGUUAACCCCAAACAUAAGCUCAACUCCGAAAGCCCGGCAGACACGACAUUCAUAUAGUCUCUACUGUUCUCCACGACGGUAAACACCAUCGCCACCUGAUUACGUUGUCGCCACCACAACCUUAGCAGAUUAUCAAAGCUAUCUCAGGUGCAGAGAUUGAGCAUAUGAAUGGCGUGGAGAAUUGUAGGGAAAAAGGGUGUACUUUCUUAUCUCAAAAAAACAUUGACUGUGACAUCCAACGAGGCAGCAGCCUCAGUAUCCUCCAAUUUUGAUGAAACACUAAAAUCACUUCCCAUUUUGGCUAGAUGUAUAGAGGGAUAUUCCCUAAAUCCAGUGUCAUUGUUAGAAAAUGCCAAUGCUGGGACCAAUAAAAUAUCGAUAAGGUGUCUUCAUGCCACUCCACAAGCACUUUCUGUGAGAAAGGAUGAUGAAUCAUUGGGCUUGAAGACUCAAAAAAAAGGAAAAUUCAAGAAAAGGCCGAAAAGAACUGCCCCACCUGUUGAAAAACCUUACAUCCCUCCUAAACAUAAAAAACCUGGCAAUUCUCCUGAGAGAACAAUUGAGAUAUUUGAAGGAAUGACCAUUGUUGAGCUUGCCAAGAGAUGUGGAGAAUCAAUAUCUGUUGUACAGGAUAUCCUUGUAAAUGUGGGGGAGAAAGUUGAAUCAGAAUUUGACCCUCUCAGUGUUGACAUUGCUGAGCUAGUUGCAAUGGAAGUAGGAGUUAAUGUCAGGCGGCUUCACUCAGAUGAUGGUGCUGAACUCCUCCCGCGUCCUCCAGUUGUCACAGUGAUGGGUCAUGUUGAUCAUGGUAAAACGUCACUUUUAGAUGCUCUGCGACUAACGUCUGUGGCUGCUAAAGAAGCUGGGGGCAUAACUCAGCAUUUGGGUGCGUUUGUUGUCAGCAUGCCUUCAGGAGCAUCAAUCACGUUCCUCGAUACUCCUGGCCAUGCUGCAUUUAGUGCAAUGCGAGCGAGAGGUGCAGCAGUAACCGAUGUAGUUGUGUUGGUAGUGGCUGCCGAUGAUGGUGUUAUGCCUCAAACGCUAGAAGCGAUUGCUCAUGCAAAAGCAGCUAAUGUUCCGAUCGUUGUUGCAAUUAACAAAUGCGAUAAACCUUCAGCAGACCCACAACGAGUGAAAGUCCAGCUCGCUACAGAAGGGCUGCCCUUAGAGGAGAUGGGCGGAGAUGUUCAGGUUGUUGAAGUUUCUGCAGUAAAUAAAACUGGUUUGAAUGACUUAGAAGAAGCUUUACUUCUCCAGGCUGAGUUGAUGGAUCUCAAAGCACGAAUUGAUGGACCCGCGCAAGCUUACGUAGUUGAAGCAAGGCUCGACAAAGGACGUGGUCCGUUGGCUACUGCCAUAGUGAAAAAAGGAACACUGGUUUCUGGGAAGCAUGUUGUCGUAGGUGCCGAGUGGGGGAAAAUAAGGGCUAUUAGGGAUGUGGUGGGAAAAUUGACUGAUAAGGCUAAACCUGCUAUGCCAGUUGAGAUUGAAGGGUUGAAAGGGCUACCUAUGGCCGGUGAUGAUAUUAUUGUCGUGCAUUCUGAGGAAAGAGCAAGGAUGCUAAGUGAAGGGAGGAAAAAGAAGAUUGAACGAGAUAGACUAAAUAAGAAGGUGGCAGAUAGAUUAAAAGAGGAGCAAGAAGAGGAAUCAGAAGAUACAGAAAUAUUAGAGGGAAACAAAGAGAAGUCCAAACGGGUGGAGAUGGCAAUCAUAGUAAAAGGAGAUGUUCAAGGCACUGUCCAAGCUGUCACAGAUGCAUUAAAGAGCAUGGAUUGUCCUCAGGUUAAUGUGCUGAUUGUCCAUGGCGGUGUUGGGCCCAUCUCUGAGUCUGAUGUGGAUUUGGCACAGGCGUGUGGCGCAUGUAUUGUGGGAUUCAAUGUGAGAAGUCCGCCUACUUCUCUGAGUCAGGCAGCAAACAGAGCCGGCAUAAAGAUAAUUAUGCACCGCGUGAUAUAUCAUCUACUGGAGGACAUUGGCAAGUUGAUCGUUGAAAAAGCUCCCGGUACUUUCGAGACCAAGGUUGCCGGGGAAGCACAGGUGCUGGACAUCUUCGAGAUCAAAGGGCGAAGCAAAGCCAAGGGAGAGGAUGUGAAGAUCGCUGGGUGUAAGGUGAUCGAUGGCCGAAUGACCAGAUCAUCAUCAAUGAGGCUUCUCAGAAGCGGCGAAGUUAUCUACGAAGGGCCUUGCGCAUCCCUGAAGCGUGAGCAACAGGACGUGGAGACAGUCGGGAAAGGCUCAGAAUGCGGGCUGGUGAUCAACAACUGGUUCGACUUCCAGGUAGGGGACAUAAUCCAGUGCUUGGAGCAAGUCAACCGAAAACCAAAGUUCAUUUCUUCUGAAAGUGGAGCUGUCAGAAUAGAGUGCUGAUAAUAUUAUCAUCUCCACAUAUAAUUCACAAAAAUCACAUCAUAAUCUAUAGACAGACUCUUGAGCCUGUGCAAUUUUGUUGAGUAGAUGACAUUUUUCUUUAGUUUACUGCACCAAAGAGAAGCUUCAAUCAGCAACUGCUAUAAUUGCCAUUUUUUGUUAGCAAUGUAUAGAUAUUAAUUAUGUGUUUUGUUUUUUCAAAAAUAUAUUUCUAUUGCUUAGUUGGGAAAUGGAUUUGGAACUCCCAAUAAAUGUGGACUGAUUUAGCUUUUGGAUUGUAAUUGAUGAGAAUAUCACACAUUUGAAAUAAGUAUGAAUCCACUUACUAUUUAAACUGAA